AUCAUUAAACGUUAUUAUAUUUCAGUACUUGAAAGGUUUUUGUUACAGAAUAACGCAUUUUUCUUUAAAUUAUAAUAUGCUGCACGUUGUAAUUGUUCUUUUUCUGUUCCACGUUCUUAUCGCUUUUUCCUCUCGCAUUAGCUCACGGGUAUUUCUGUCUGAUAUUUAAUGUGUCCGAUUACGGGAACAGCUGUCAGAUAAUCUUUUAAAGUUAUAAUUACACUUUACGAAAUCAUUUACGUAUUUUUUUUUAUGAUUAACGUUUUAUAAGAAAUAAAGUGUAGUUAUGUAGAGGCAUGGCAAUGAAGGAAUUUCAUAACCUGUUUGACAAGUUUCUCAUAUUAUCAAGGUGGUUUGUGUAUUACCACAAAUAUAUUUUCACGAAUUAUGGCUUAGAUAACUUAUUGACUUUAUGCUCUGAGAUCAUUGUUUAUGGUCUUGUCGGAUUUUUUCAGGUGAUAUUUGCAAUUCAUUUAGUCCUAGUAACAUGGGGUAUUCAGGGACACUGGUGUCCAAAAUCGGUAAUGUUUUAUAAUUUUCUUUUCUUCAUUUGCUUGUUGUGGGCUAUUCACAAUAUCGAAUCGGAUGAACCGCUACAAUUUGCACUAUUUAUAAAUGUACUUUCCAUAUUUUUUGACGUUGUAACACUAGCAGUCUACUUUCCACCAACAUAUGCAUCCGAGAAGUUUAGCGCGGCGAUUAUGAUUAUAAACAUGAUCGUGCGCAUUAUCACGAGCAUAUAUAUUCUUCGAAUAGGCCAAGCAAGAGGCGGAUGUUUAGCCACAAUGUUUGCUACGAAUCCUGCGAUGGGCUUUGGCCGACAGGAUUACGAGGACAUAUCUCACCCGAUUGCACAAAAUUCCGAUUUUCUUGGAGUUUAAAAUAAUAACGUGACGUUCUUUAGAUCUGAUACGUCCAUAAUUACGCGAUAUACUGACUACAUUUACGUUAGAUUGUACGAAAUGCGCGCACGCAUAGUCUCGAUAUACUAAGUCACUUUCUAUACUUAAUAUAUUUUAAAAAUUUAACGACUGUCGCCUUCGAUGCAAUAAAAUACCAAGUUUUUACUAACACAUGUGUUUGAAUACAUCAUGUCGAGAAGUUAUAUUAUUAUAUUGUAAUAAUCUUUGUCUCGAGCGUUUCUUAAUUUAACUUUAUAUAUUUAUUCUACGAUUGUACUUGUAACA